GGGAGGAGCGGGCGCAGGGCGGCGGCGGCCCCGGGAUCGGGAUCGGCCCCGGGAUCGGGAUGGCGGGGCCGGGGCUGGAGCGGUACCGGCUGGCGCUGCUGGCGGCGCGGGAGGACGUGGGGAACCCGCGGGCUGGGACCGACUGGGCCGUCUUUGGCUAUGAGAAGCACCACGACCUCAAGCUCCUGGAUUCCGGAGCCGGGGGGCCGGAUGAGCUCGCUGGAAAAUUCUCUGUGGGCAGCGUCAUGUACGGGCUGUGCCGGGUCCCCGAUCCUGGUUCCGGCACCCCCAGAAUCGUCCUUAUCAGCUGGGUAGGGGAAAAUGUGCCGGAACCGCAGCGGGCAGCGUGUGCCGGGCACCUGCCGGCCAUCCGGAGCUUCUUCAGGGAGGCCACGGCCGUGAUCAGCGCCCGCCGCUCCGAGGAGGUGACGCUGGAGGGGCUGCGCCGAGUGCUGGCACAGCUGGAGCCCCCCGCCCCCCGCCCGCCCAGGAGGACCCCCCAGGACACCCCGGAGCUGGUGGGAACCAACUACCGCAAAACCAAUCCGGCAUUGGAGCUGCAGCGCACCCAGCGCGAUUCCUUCUGGGAACAGGCUGAGCGCGAGGAGCAGCAGCGGAAGGAGCAGGAGCGGCAGCGGGAGCGGGAGCAGCGGCGGCGCUGGGAGCGGGAGCGCAUGGAGGAGGAGCGCCUGUCCCCGUGUCCCCAUCCCUGACGCCCCAACUCCCGGCCCCGCAGGCAGGAGCAGGCGCGGCUGGACGCGGAGGAGCGGAGGAAGGAGCAGGAGCGAUGGGAGCAGCAGCAGCGGGAGCAGGAGGCGGCCGAGCGGGAGCGCGGGGGUCGCACCGGGCUCAGCGGGACGGCGGCCGAAGCCGCCAUCCUGGUCUCCCAGCGCACCCAGAACCCCCGGGAAUUCUUCCGGCAGCGGGAGCGCUCGGGCUCCACGUCCACAUCCCCCCUGCCCGGCAGCACCCCCGGGGCCCGCCGGCCUUUCCUGCGGUACCAGCGCAGCCUGACGGAAUCCGCCUUCAUCUUCCGCCGGCCGGAGCCCCCCCAGACCCCCCCGCCCGGCGCCUCCAGGGGGGCACCGCCCCCCAGCCCCCGCCGGCCGCCGCCGCCUCUGCCCCCCGGCCCCCCGUGUGCCACCACCGGGACCCCCGUCAGCCCUGUGGGGAGGGGCAACCCUCCCUCUGCCACCCUGGGGACGCCCCCCAGCCCAGCCCGAGCAGGGUCCCCCCUUGCCACCAGUCCUGUGGGGACAGGGACCCCACAAUAUGGCACCCUUGGGACGCCCCCCAGCCCAGCCCGAGUAGGGUCCCCCCUUGCCACCAGUGCUGUGGGGACAGGGACCCCCCAAAAUGCCACCACCGGGACCCCCGUCAGCCCUGUGGGGAGGGGCACCCCUCCCACUGCCACUCUGGGGACCCCCUCCAGCCCAGCCCGAGCAGGGUCCCCCCUUGCCACCAGUCCUGUGGGGACAGGGACCCCCCAAAGUGCCACCACCGGGAUUCUCCACAGCCCCGUGGGGACAGGGAUCCCUCCCUCUGCCGCCCCAAGGAGACCCCCCAGCCCUGUGGUGACGGGCACCCCCCAAAGUGCCACCACUGGGGCCCCUAGCAGUCCCAUGGGAUGGGGGACCCCUCCCUCCACCACCCUGGGGACCCCCGAUUUUGCCACCACCAGGCCAGGGUCCCCCACUGCCAGCCCCCCCCGGAUGGGGGUGCCCCCUGUCCCCUCCGGGUCGGGGCCUUCUGAAAGCACUUAUGGGGUAGAGCCCCUCCCUCCUUUCAGCACUCCCGCCUUGGGGUCCCCCCCCAGGCCCCCCGGAGAUGAGGAGGGGUCCUACCCGGACACUCCCCCCCUCCCCAGCCCCCCAGCAUGGGAAUCUCUGGGGCCACUGCUGGAGGAUGUGCCCAGCCCGCGGGAGGGGUCCCCAAUACCGCCCCGCCCGCUGCAGGACCCCCAGGAUUUGGGGCGCAAUGGAAUCGGGGGGCACGAGUGGGGGGGCUGGGAGGCCCCCUGGGAGCCGGGACACCCCCCCGGGCAGGGGGAUGAGCCCAGCGAGAACCUCGUCCUGCACAAAGCCACGCCAGGCUUCGCGCUGCUGCUGGCCCGUGACGCCCCCCACCCACCGCUUAUGGGGGGCCCCACCCCCCCCACCGAGGACGAGGAUCUCUCCCCCCAUGCUGUGUAGAGGGGGGGGCCCCAGCACCUCCUUUUGGGGGGGUGGGGGUCCCCCCUAUUGCACCACAGCCCCCUCCCCACUCACCCCCCAGCACAGCCUCCACUCCCCCACUUGCACCCCAAAUGAGCAGCUUGGGGAGGGGGCAGCACCCCAAGACCCCCCCCCCCCCCCCACUGGUGGCAGCACAUGAUGGGAGGGCACAGACCCCCCCCCCCACCCGGGCACAGGGACCCCCACGCCCCCCACCCCCCAAAAUCACACACAGCAGCUGUUAAAUAAAUUUUAAUG